UCUGUGCCAACGUGCCAAUAUGUACUGCCGUAACACUCGUGGAUCCUAUAAGUGUGUUUGCCGGAAUGGCUACGUGAUGUCCCUCCUUGGUCACUGCACACCUUGCUCUUUAUACACUCGUGGAGCAAACUGCUCAGAGAUGUGCCAGUGUGAAAUUGAAAAGACCGUCUACUGUGAAG